AUGCUUUUGAUACUGGUACUCUGCAUUCUUGUCAUUAUUAUCUCCUCAGCGGUUGUGCUUCAGCUGUUGCCCUCGCAAAAUGGAGAGGUCAGCCAAUCGCCCAAGUCUCCCGAUGCAGUGUCAGUUCAGAUCGUGGUUCUAGGGGAUAUCGGACAUAGCCCACGGAUGCAAUGCCAUGCACUUAGCAUCGCACGACAUGGUGGCCGUGUCUUUCUUAUAGGUUACCUCAAUUCCACCCCCAGCCAGGAGCUCCUGGAGCAUCCUCGUAUAUCAAUCGUGGCAUUGCCAUCCCCCCCAGCGUUUCUACAGGUCACAAACAAGCUUCUCUUUCCUGUUGCUGCCGUCGUAAAGGCUCUGCAACAAACAUGGCACCUGUGGGCAGCACUCGCUUAUCAUACAGAGCCUGCAAAAUGGAUGUUAGUACAGAACCCACCUGCAGUGCCAACUAUCGCAGUCGCACAGCUAGUCUGUCGUCUCCGGAAUACCCGUCUUAUUAUAGAUUGGCAUAAUUUCGGAUAUUCCAUCCUUGCGUUGAAGCUUGGAACUGCCCAUCCCAUGGUCAGGCUAAUGGCAUGGCAUGAACACUCGUUCUCCCAUUUUGCUACCGCCCACUUUUGCGUCAGCAACGCGAUGGCGCGGGUAUUAUGUGAGCAAGUGAAAAUUACGAAUCCCCCUUUGGUGCUCCAUGAUCGGCCUCCAGCUGUAUUCCACCCUAUUCUUGGGGAGAAAGAGCGUCUUGCGGCUUUGUCUUCUUUGCCUGAAACCAGCACAGCUGCUGAAGACAUCAUCUAUGGUCGAUGCGGGCUUCUAGUCAGUUCAACUUCUUGGACGCCGGAUGAGGACUUUUCCAUCCUACUUGAUGCUCUCUGUCAGUAUUCUACCCUGGCAAGAUCGUCGAACCUGAGCCUUCCAUCUCUCCUCGUUAUCAUAACAGGAAAAGGUCCCCAAAAGGGAAUGUAUCUCUCCCAAAUUGCUCAGUUAGAAGCAGAGGGGAAACUCUUCAAUGUGUCCAUAAAAGCUGCUUGGCUUACAUUCGAAAAUUACGCUCGAUUGCUUGCCUGUGCCUCAUUGGGAGUCUGCUUACAUACCAGUAGCAGCGGUGUCGACCUACCAAUGAAGGUUGUUGAUAUGUUUGGUGCUGGACUCCCCGUUAUUGGCUGGGAUCGGUAUGAAGCCUGGCCCGAACUUGUCACCGAGGGUGUCACUGGAAUGGGAUUUGAUAGUGCUGAGAGGUUGGUCGAGCUCCUCAAGAGGUUACUCAGCGGGGACGGAAGUGACCUAAAACUUCUACGGGAGGGAGCUAUCCGAGAAAGCAAACAUCGCUGGGAUGGGACAUGGGACCCCAUUGCUGGAAAGCUCCUAGGGCUUGUUACCUGA